UAAUUUAGUGAUGAUCCCUAAACUAAACAGCGCGUCAUUUGCCUCUGACUGUACAGCAACAGUCCAGCAGCAAAAGCGAGUCUUUAGACUUGAGCUUGCAGCGACAAUCUGAUCGAUCAUGACGACUCACGAGUUUUUUGUUGACAUGACAUGUGAGGGAUGCUCUGGUGCGGUCACUCGAGUGCUUAAAAAGCUGGAUGUCAAGUUUGACAUUGAUCUGCCCAACAAGAAGGUCUUCAUUGAGUCAGACAAAGACACGGAUGUCCUUCUGGAAACACUGAAAAAGACUGGCAAAACGGUGACCUACAUCGGUCCAAAAUGAAAUAUUAUACAUUAAAAACUGUAAGGUGAGAAGCAGAUGUUUGAAAUUCAAAUGAAUACUUUUGUUAAUUGCAAAAAGUACUGUUGAUUGUGUGGACAGAGGCUUAUGAACCUAAUAACAAAUAUCAACUGAAGCAUUAUGUUAAAUCGUUUAAAAUGAGGUUGUUGGUAGCUGGUCUAAC